AUGACCACCAAAACUGAAGACAUCACAUUCCCAACCCACGAUCCGAAUGCACCAUUUAGUUUUCCAUUAGAAGAAGAAAAAGUAUUACAAUAUUGGAAAUCGAUUGAUGCAUUUAAAACUUCAUUGGCUCAAUCUAAACUUGAAUUAGAUGCUGGACUUCGUACUCGAUGGAAUUUUUAUGAUGGUCCUCCUUUUGCUACUGGUUUACCUCAUUAUGGUCAUCUCUUAAUGGGUACUGUUAAAGAUAUCGUCACUCGAUUUGCUCAUGCUGAUGGUCAUUAUGUUGAACGAAGAUUCGGUUGGGAUUGUCAUGGAUUACCUGUCGAACAUGAAAUUGAUAAAAAAUUACAAAUCAAAUCUAAAGAUGAUGUGAUGAGAAUCGGAAUCGAAGCUUAUAAUGCAGAAUGUAGAUCGAUUGUCAUGAGAUAUUCAUCAGAAUGGAGAUCAACGAUUGAAAGAAUGGGAAGAUGGAUUGAUUUUGAUAAUGAUUAUAAAACGUUAAAUGUAGAUUUUAUGGAAAGUAUUUGGUGGGUAUUUCAACAACUUUGGUCAAAAGGUCAGGUUUAUAGAGCUAGUAGGGUGAUGCCUUAUUCGACUUCUUGUACUACACCUCUUUCUAACUUUGAAGCCGGAAGUGAUUAUCGUGAUGUGAAUGAUCCAGCCGUGACGGUGUCUUUCCCAUUACUGGAUGAUCCGAAUACUUGUUUAUUGGCUUGGACAACGACUCCUUGGACUUUACCAUCUAACUUAGCACUCUGUGUUCAUCCGAAACUCACUUAUCUCAAAAUCUUUGACGAAACUCAUCAAAAACAUUUCAUCAUUUGUGAUAAGUUAUUAAGCACACUUUAUAAAGAUCCUAAAAAAGCUAAAUUCAAAAAAGUAGCCACUUAUUUAGGUUCAGAACUUGAAGGAUGGAAAUAUGAACCAUUGUUUCCUUAUUUUUAUCAAGCUUAUCAACAAACCGGUUUUAAAGUCGUCACCGAUACCUAUGUUACAUCAGAUUCAGGUACUGGGAUCGUUCAUCAAGCUCCAGCCUUUGGUGCAGAAGAUCAUGAAGUUUGUAAACGUCAUGGAGUCGUACCUGUCGAUUCGAUUCCUCCUUGUCCACUUGAUGAUAGUGGUCGAUUUACAAGUGAAGUACCUGAAUUCGAAGGUCAACAUGUCAAGGAAGCAGAUCCUCAUAUUACUAAAUACCUUAAAAACAAAGGAAGAGUAAUUGUUCAAAGUCAAAUCAAACAUUCUUAUCCAUUUUGUUGGAGAUCAGGAACACCAUUAAUUUACCGAGCCAUCCCAGCCUGGUUUGUAAGAGUCCAACCAAUAGUUGAUCAAUUAGUAGAAAACAAUAAGAAAACUAGAUGGGUUCCAGCAUCUGUUGGAGAAAAUCGAUUUCAAAGUUGGUUAGCUAAUGCACGAGAUUGGAAUAUUUCUAGGAAUAGGUAUUGGGGUACACCAUUACCGAUUUGGGUUAGUGAUGAUUAUGAAGAACAAAUUUGUGUAGGAUCGAUUGAAGAAUUAGACAAAUUGACGGGAUGUGGAAGGUUAAAAGAUUUACAUCGAGAAACGAUUGAUAAGAUUUUGAUUCCUUCAAAGAAAGGUAAAGGAUUCUUGAAACGGGUAGAUGAAGUCUUUGAUUGUUGGUUCGAAUCUGGAAGUAUGCCUUAUGCUCAAGUACAUUAUCCGUUUGAGAAUAAAGAAACGUUUGAAUCGGCUUUUCCUGCUCAAUUUAUUGCUGAGGGUAUGGAUCAAACUCGUGGUUGGUUCUAUACACUCUUGGUUUUAUCUACUCAUCUUUUUCAAAAAGCUCCUUGGCAGAAUUUAGUUGUUUGUGGACUUGUAUUGGCUGAAGAUGGAAAGAAAAUGAGUAAAAGUUUAAAAAAUUAUCCGAACCCAGAUUUGAUCAUUAACCAACAUGGUGCAGAUCCCUUAAGACUUUUCUUAAUCAAUUCACCCGUCGUACGAGGCGAGAAUUUAAGGUUUAGAGAAACUGGAGUGAAAGAAGUGGUCGGAAGAGUCAUGUUACCUUGGUUGAAUUCAUAUCGAUUCUUCUUAGGUCAAGUUUCAUUAUUAAAAAAGGUGUCCAAAAUCGAUUUUGUUUAUGAUCAUCAAGCUAAACUUUCUGAAAACGUAAUGGAUCGUUGGGUUUUGGCUAGAUGUCAAGCUUUAAUUAAAUCUGUUCGAACUGAAAUGGAAGCUUAUAGAUUGUAUACUGUUGUACCACAGAUGUUGGAUUUGGUGGAUGAAUUAACUAAUUGGUAUAUUCGAUUUAAUCGUCGUAGACUUAAAGGAGAAAAUGGAGCAGAAGAUGCAGUGGUGGCUCUUAAUACUUUAUUCGAAACCCUUUUUACACUUUGUAGAACAUUAUCAUCAUUUACACCCUUCUUAACUGAAAACAUUUAUCAAGGAUUACGAAGGUUUUUUCCGAACGAAAUGAUUCAAAGUUUAAAAUCAGAAGGAAACGAUUUAAGAUCGAUUCAUUUCUUAUCAUUUCCAUUAGUUCGAGAAGAGUUUUUUGAUUCGGUGAUUGUUAGAAGGAUGAAAAGAAUGCAAGCUGUGAUUAAUUUAGGUAGAACGAUUCGAGAAAGAAAGACGAUUUCAUUAAAGACACCAUUGAAAGAAUUAGUGAUUUUCCAUAAUGAGAAUGAAUAUUUAGAAGAUGUGAAGAUGUUGGAGAAUUAUGUGAAGGAUGAAUUAAACUUACAUCAGAUUACCUAUAGUUCAGAUGAAGAGUUAUGUGGAGUGAAAUAUAAAGCAGCAGUUGAUUGGACGAAACUAGGUAAACGAUUAAAGAAAGAGAUCGCCUUGGUUAAGAAAGGAUUACCAUCUGUGACAUCUGAAAUGAUGAAAGACUAUAUGAAAUCCUCUCGAAUUAGCAUUGGAGGGAUCGAAGUGAUCGAAUCGGAAUUAAUGGUUUCUAGAUAUGUAGAAGACAAUCGAUUAGGAGAAAGAUAUGAAUCGAAUACAGAUGAAGAAGUGGUAGUGUUACUAGAUUGUGAGAUUUCAUUAUUAUUAGAAUACGAAGGAUUUGCAAGAGAGAUGAUGAAUCGAAUUCAAAGAUUAAGGAAGCGAGCAGGAGCCAUUCAAACUGAUGAUUUAGAUGUAUUUUAUGAUUUUGAAGAUGGAACGUCGGAUGAACAAAUCGAUUAUUUUGAAAAGGUUUUGGUUAGUCAGAAAGAAGUGAUCUUAAGGGUUUUGAGAAGUUUACCUUUGAAAGAUUCUCAAAGAGAUCCUAGGAAAGAAGUCUUGAUUGAAGAAGUUCAGGAGAAAUGGAAUGAUUUACCAAUUAAAUUUGUUUUGGUUAGAACUCAUUAA